UGGGCAGCGGAUGAUGAUGAUGAAGAAUAUAACGACGUAUUGAUUCGUAAAAACAUUCCAUACUUCCUAUCGAUGUCAGAGCGAGUAAUCACAGGCAGUCCGAAAGAUUGCUGCAUCCUCAUUAUCCCACCGACGAUCAAAAUAGCUCUUGUGAGAAAUAUAUGCAGAGAGUAAUGACGAUUGUGGAAGAAUGGAUAUAUUCGAACCCGUUAAAAUUUCAUUUUUAUCUAAACAUUUCUCAUGGAAUAACGACAGCUUUUUCAAACUUCUGUGUAAACAAAAAGUCAUGUGUGAGAAAUUCUAAAAAGAAAAUUAAAACUACUAUGCCGUCAUUUAUCGACGUACUCGAAUCACUCGCAGGAUCAGAAAUUCAUAAUUAUUUGGGAGAAUUAUUAAAACAACCGUUACCGGAAAAUGACAUCGAAAGAAUAAAUCAUGUCAUCCAGUUAUAUGAUAAAAUGCUCGAUUUUCUCUUACAUCAUGGAGCGUAUUUAAUUCAUGUUUCGACGCAAUAUCUCUUAAGUUACGACGAUUAUUUAAUUAGCAUUGACAUCAUACAAAAUAAUACAUAUAAAAGGAAAUUUUUGGAUAAUAGCCAUAUCGAAAUGCAAUGCGAACGAUUAUCUCCACAAUUAUUUGAGUCACGAAGCAAACAAUGUUGGUUGGACAUAAUUUUGCAAACGUAUAAGUGUUUUGUACUCCGCGGAAUACAUAAACAUAAAUUCGACACAAUAUCAUUCUUUGCAGCGCGUUCUUCGAGAAAAUCCACACUAAAGUGGGGAUCAAUUGUAUCUACAUCCAGCAUGCCAAGACAGGACGAACUCCAUGAGAAAGCUAUAUGGAAUAUUGUAAAUUUGUCGAAUGACAAACUCACUUCAGAUAACUGUUGCCUGGAAGAAAGAUUUCUAUUGUGUUGGUUGCAGUAUCAUUACGAGCAACAACGUGUACGAAAUUGGAUGACUGAUCGCCGUGUAAUUUUGAAUCCACGAGAGAAGAAGGAUGUGGCCGAACAUCGUGCGAUCCAAAAUUUUCAUCGUGAUUUGUCGGAUAGCUUAGUAUUAAUCACGGUUACAGCAGCCUAUUGUCCCUUCCUGAUCAAUGAAUAUUUUGGCAAUUUAUAUAUUUGUACAAGGAACGAGCAAGAGGCAUUGCACAAUGCUAUUUGUUUGAUCACUGCUUGGAGAAAGAUUCGCCUUGGGUUUAUGAUUACGCCAAUGCAACUAAUUAAUCCGAAUCAAGUGCAAAUGUUAAUGUUGGUCGUUUAUCUUUUUCAAACAUUGCCAACAUAUGUACCUCGCGCGAAGAUUAAAUUUAAUUGCCCGCUCUCCCAUACUAUAACAAAGCAAUUGAGCAUUUCGAAUCCGACGGACAACACUGUAAAUUAUUUACUUUCGUUCAUAAACAAUACCAAUUAUUUUUUUACAGUCUUGAAGCCUGUAUCGAUUUUACGAUUAAACGCUCGCAGUAGUGAUCAAAUACAAAUACAAUUUCAUGCCAGAAAAAUAAAGAAAAGUAGAGCAUAUUUAUUACUUUGUGGAUAUGCUGUUGGAUCACAUUUUGGAAGAAACCAAACGAUCGUUUUGGAAAGUCAUAUCGAUAAUUUAGAAAUUUCUAACAAAUACACUAUACAAAGCAAACUAUAUGAAAUUGUUGACACAAGUUUGCAAAUCAAUAUACCCUAUCGAAAUGCGGCAGAAUACGAUAUAUGGAUGACAGAAGAGCAACCGAGCCAUCCUUCAAAUCUGAAAAUGACACGAUGGUGUGAGUUGCGUGUUAGAAAAAUACCGAGAAGGCUUUUCCUGAAUCAGAACUCGAUAGUCGUCGAUGAAGGCGUAUCAAAAGCGUAUUUAUCGAUCAGUAUAGCGUGCAUUGCACCCGAGCAACGAAAAUUUUGGUUGAUCUUUCAAGCAAAAACUGGUGACUUUAUUAUUCAAGUAAAUACUUAAUAAAUAUGACUGAUUGUAAGUCGUGUGAGUUCAAGUUUUAUUAUGAAAACGAAAGUCAUCUGUAAAUCAUCUAUAAGCAGCACGAAAUGUGAACUAAUAUAGAUUAAAUCAAAAUGUAUUUAU